AUGCACCCGACGGGCGCGGCCAGCCUGCCCGCCGCACCUGAGGCGGAGGUGCAAGCUAUGCACUCGAUGGACUGGCUCUUCAAGAAGGAAAGGAUAUAUCUCCUCGCACAGUUCUGGCAACAGAGAGCUACCCUGGCGGAGAAAGAAGUCACCACACUCAAAGAGCAACUCGCCACUACAAGUCCUACACCUUUACAAGCUACAGUGCCACCCAAAACCAAUGGCUCUCAUAUAGAAUCCACUAGAGACCAGGCUACAGAGACAAGAAUACCAGAAAGACUUAGUCCAGAUAUUAAAGAAGAAAAGAGAAGGUCGCCUGAGAUUGAUGACGAUAUAGAGCACAAAAUAGAAAUGGCUGCCACGGGACGAAGCAAUAGCAACUCCACAAGAAGCAGUCCGGUUGUGAACCAAGGGAGCAACUUGGAGAACGAGCUCGCAGCUAAAGAGAAAGAGAUCGCGCAGCUGGUAGAAGACGUGCGCCGGCUCCAGGCGUCGCUUUCAGCGCUGCAGGAAGCCCAUGCGCAGCAGCUUCAGAGGCUAGAAGAGCGCUUGGACGAGAAAAAACAGCAAAUCGCACGUCUCGAAGCACGCCUCGACACGCAGCGUGAUUAUGACGAUAUUAAACGAGAGAUCAGUAUGCUCCGGUCGCUGGACCUGAGUUCUGAACGACCUUUGGACCGCAAGCCGGAACCUCUGCGAUCUCCGCCAGCCCCGCGCGAGGAACGGAGUUCCGCGGAACGCGAACGCAGCACAGAACGGCGGGAUACAGGUGGCGACGAGUGGCCCAGCACGCCGCCCCCGCUAAAUAACAACACCACGCACCACAACAACAACGGCCCGCUGCAGCUGCCUUUGCCGCCGCCGAGUCCCUUCCGCUUCGAGGAGCACCGCCCCUACCGCUUCGCCGAGGACAUGGGCCCCCUACCACCAGGCGCGCUCGUCGGACGACUGGGAGACUCCCUGAUCCCCAAAGGAGACCCGAUGGAGGCGAGGCUGCAGGAGAUGCUGCGAUAUAACAUGGACAAAUACGCGAAUACGAAUCUCGACACGCUGCAUAUAAGCCGGAGAGUAAGAGAACUGCUGUCGGUCCACAAUAUAGGCCAGCGGUUGUUUGCGAAGUACGUCCUUGGACUAUCGCAAGGUACGGUGUCGGAGUUACUAUCCAAACCAAAGCCUUGGGAUAAGCUGACUGAGAAAGGACGAGAUUCGUAUAGAAAAAUGCAUGCGUGGGCCUGCGAUGAGGCCGCCAUUAUGCUACUGAAGUCCCUCAUUCCCAAAAAAGUGGGAACAAAAGAUGGCACGCUCGGACCGAACUUCGGAAGACCGGAGGGAGAAGGUGAUGAUCGUCUUGCCCACAUCCUUAACGAGGCUUCACACAUGAUGAAAACACCCACUGGCCAAGUCAACAACGACGACUCCCGAAGCAACGAAGACUCUUGCUCGCCACGCACUCAAUGCCCCUCUCCAUUUUCUAAUAAGGAUUCGAGUCAAAACAGACGAUUAAAGAAAUACGAAAACGAUGACAUUCCCCAGGAGAAGGUGGUCCGCAUCUAUCAGGAGGAGCUCGCCAAAAUCAUGACGAGGCGGGUGGAAGACAUGCGGCAUACUCGCGAAGGCUUCCCUGGCAUGUUUCCACCAUUUUUCAGCGGCGGCAUGCCCCCGCACAUGGAGAGGCCACCGGAAGACAUCAGAAUAGCGCUGGAAGCGUACCAUAGGGAGCUUGCCAAAAUGCAGCCGGGAGCAAACAUGCCCAACAUCCACAACCUACCUGGCAUGCCUCCCUUUCCAAAUCUCCUCGCUCUGCAGCAACAAGCGAUGCAGGCGAACCAGCAUAUGAACGGUUCAGGGGCCGUCCAGGACCUUUCACUACCCAAAGACAAGAACACCAAAUUAAAUGGAAUGACUGAUAGUGAUAAGGAUAAACCUAUGGACGCAGAAGAGGCGAUACGGCACGCGGGCAGUGCGUUCUCCCUCGUAAGGCCGAAGUUAGAACCGGGGCAGCAAUCUACUGGUUCUUCGGCGUCCAGUCCUUUAGGAAACGCCAUACUACCGCCGGCGAUAACGCCGAACGACGAUUUCAGCAGUUCAGCGGCCGCCAGUCCUCUACAAAGAAUGGCGUCGAUCACAAAUAGCCUUAUUUCUCAACCAACAAAUCCUCCACAUCAUCCACCGCCGCAAAGAUCAAUGAAAGCGGUGCUGCCACCAAUCACACAGCAACAGUUUGAUCUCUUUAACAAUUUAAACACGGAAGAAAUCGUGCGGAGGGUGAAGGAAGCUUUAAGUCAAUACUCCAUCAGCCAAAGACUCUUCGGCGAAUCAGUAUUAGGCCUGUCCCAGGGGUCAGUCAGUGAUUUGCUAGCGAGACCGAAGCCAUGGCACAUGCUGACGCAGAAAGGCAGGGAGCCGUUCAUUCGAAUGAAAAUGUUCCUGGAGGAUGACAACGCGGUCCACAAACUGGUCGCGUCGCAGUAUAAAAUUGCACCAGAGAAGCUGAUGAGGACUGGAAACUACAGCGGAGCACCUCCAUGUCCGCCAAACAUGAACAAGCCGAUGCCGCCGACGCCGAAGAUGAUCUCGGACGCGACGUCGCUGCUUAGCAAAAUGCAGCAGGAGCAGCUGCUGAGUGGGGGUCACGGCGGUCACGGGGGUCACGUUGGGCACGGCGGGCACGCGGGGCACGCGGGGCACCUGGGACACCUGGCGGGCGCGCCGCUGCUGCUGACGCCGCCCGGCUUCCCGCCGCACCACGCCGUGGCGCUGCCGCCGCAGCACCACGACAAGGAGCGCAAGCCGCCGCCCGCCAUGCGCCCCGUGCACCAGCACAUCUCCCCCAGCGUCUACGAGAUGGCCGCGCUCACGCAGGACCUCGACACGCAGACCAUCACCACGAAAAUAAAGGAGGCGCUGCUCGCGAACAACAUCGGUCAGAAAAUCUUCGGUGAGGCGGUGCUCGGCCUGUCGCAGGGCUCGGUCAGCGAGCUCCUGUCGAAGCCGAAGCCCUGGCACAUGCUCAGCAUCAAGGGUCGCGAGCCAUUCAUCAGGAUGCAGCUGUGGCUGAGCGACGCGCAUAACAUCGAUCGCCUCCAGGCGCUCAAGAACGAGAGGCGCGAAGCGAACAAGAGACGGAGAUCGAGCGGUCCUGGACAAGACAACUCCUCCGACACGUCAUCUAACGACACCUCGGAGUUCUACCACUCGAGCUCACCGGGGCCGACUUCUGGAGUCCCGUCGGCCAAAAAGCAGCGCGUGCUCUUCUCCGAGGAACAGAAGGAAGCACUGAGAUUAGCGUUUGCGCUCGAUCCAUAUCCGAAUAUGCCCACGAUAGAGUUUCUGGCGGCGGAGCUGGGACUCUCGACAAGAACCAUAACCAACUGGUUCCACAAUCACCGUAUGCGGUUAAAGCAGCAAGCCCCUCACGGUCUCCCGGCGGAACCACCAGCGAGAGAACAGUCUUCCGCGCCGUUCGACCCGGUUCAGUUCCGGUUGCUCCUCAACCAGAGGCUGCUGGAGCUACAGAAGGAAAGAAUGGGACUCGCUGGGGUACCGCUCCCGUAUCCCCCGUACUUCGCGGCCAAUUCCAAUUUCGCCGCUUUGAUCGGUAGAGGCCUCUUACCUCCGGAGGAACCGGCGAAAGAUACGUCCAGUGGCCUCGAUCUCUCCAUGCCCUUGAAGAGGGAGCCGGACGGGGACGACUUCGAAGAUGACGAUGUGGAAAGCAACCUCGGGUCCGAGGACUCCCUGGAUGAGGAAUCGAAGACUGAGCCGAAAGCGGCAUCGACUCCCGCCGGGAGGUCGAACAGGAGAAAACCGGCGGCGCCACAGUGGGUCAACCCAGACUGGCAGGACGAGAAACCUCGAAACCCCGAUGAGGUGAUCAUAAAUGGAGUCUGUGUGAUGAGGAGUGACGACUUCAGGAGGGAGGCGGAGGAAACCGUGAGGGUGGAACCUUCCCCGGUGCCGCGAGAAACGUCGCCCGCCGCCUCCCCCCCGCAGGCUUCCCCCCACACGACACACUCCCCGGAAGUGUUGUCUGAGGACAAAAUCAAAACGGAAAACGAAGACGACCGGUGGGAGUAUUAG